CUGAGCUGCACUGCCCUCUGCUGGAUGGCAGCUGAACCUUUCAUCACUCCGACAUGUUUUUCAUAAGAAAACACGCUGGGUUCCUUCUGCUUUUAGAGCAUACCGUCCCCCCCCUCCCACUCAUUAUGAUAGCACCACCGUGUUUCGCGUGAACAGCCCCCACUCGCCCCCUUUUCAUUGGUGCCUUCCGUGGGCUUUGGGGAUGGGCACCAUUCUGCAGGAGCGAGUUCCACAUCACUUCCCGGAGAUGCUCUCCAUCAGGGACGGGGAGCGGAGGAAGAAGAAGGCGCCCUGGAGCAACAGCAGGCCUGAUGGUGCCAGCAUUAAAAUGGGCAGGCGGCAGUCACAAAGGAAGCCAGUACAGCCGCAGUACGCGCUCCCAAGUCAAGACAAUAAUAAUGAGAAGAAGCUGCAGCAGAGAAGAAAGCAGAAACCUAACAACCCCUCGACCAAACACGUUACUUUGCAACACAGUACUCAGGGAACCUCAGAGACAAAGUCCCGUCCACUGUCCCCUGCAGAGGACAGGAUGGAGCCGAAGGCGCGGCCGGCUGCUCAACACUGCGUCCGCAGGGAACACAAGCACACGGGUUUGAGAGGGAGCAGACACACACCAGCCUUUCCCUGCCACCGCCUGCCUCAUUCCAGUCCCGAUCCACAGGAGACGCUGUCCCCAUACCCAGAGGUGGGGAGCCCGAGCGGCCACGGCGAGGGGGACAGUGACACCGACUUGUCUGAGUCGGAGAGACUUCCUGCGUCGCCCUGUGGCCGGGUUCCUCCAAAGCUCCAGCUGAGGCCGGAGCUCAUCGGGGCUGAGGAUUUCUCCUCUUGCAGGCCCAGAGGACAUGACCGUGGUGGUUUCGACUUCCCAGACUUCCUACCUCCGCCUUUUAACUCCUGGAGCCUGGGUCAGCUGGCUGUCUUCUACAACACGGAGGGUCGUGGAGCCCCUCGGCCCCGGCCUGUGGGCCCUCUGGAGAGGUACCUGGAGAGGAUGCUGCAGCUGGAGUGGCGCCAGAUUCAGAGCGUCCAGGAGGAGGGCGGGACGCCGGCAGUGUCCGAUGUCGUGUCCAGCUGCCACAGGUCGGCCACCUCCACCUCCGCCGCCGCCUCGUUACGCCUAAGCUCUCCGAAGUGCAUCCUCCAGUGUCAACGUGCCUUCCCCCUCAACUUCCUCUCCUCGCUGGCCAGCCAAUGCGCCCUGCUCUCUGGCUGCGCAUGUACCCUCUGCCGCAUCCGCUACACCGCCUGCAGCACAUCGUCGUCGUGCUGCCGCUCCGCCCGCCAGUCCAGACUGAGUCCCACGCCGGAGCGCAGCAGGGGCCCCUCGUCCCUACCUAGAAGGAGCUAUAGCGAGAGCCGGGUGAACUCGGCAGACAGGAGCUCCACGUCCCAAGCUCAGAUGUUUGGCAGCCCCGUGAGGACCAGCAGCCACCUGAAGAGAAUGCAGGCCUCGGGCAACAUCCGCAACCCCGUUCACGGUGCUAACACGAAGCCUCAGUCCACCGCCAGAGACUCGGGUCUAGGGGACCGUUUGGGAGCACGGGGGGACGUGUCAGACUACAGGGCCGGGGGGUUUCGGAGGAGGAGUGGCUCGGAGCAGAGAAGAGGUGGAGUCGAGAGACAACAAGGUGCGUGGGAGAAAAGACGAAGUGGCUCCGAGUGUAGAAGGGGAGAAGCUGAGCGGAGGAGAAUAGCUGAGCUCAGGGAACAGGAAAUAAAACCAGAUGCCGUCACUGCAAUAAUGGACAAUUUACCUGGGUCCAAGAAUUGUCCAAUAAACAAACCAAACAGACCGAAACAGGUUGACUUUGUUACAUAACAGCAAGUUGAGGGCUGUAAGUGUAAUCUGUUUGCCACAGCUGCAGUCGUCACAUUUAUGAUUUGAUUAUGAAUGUAUAUUUUCAGUCAUUUUUCCUUAUUUGAACAGGUUGACAGAAAGUGCAGCAAGAUUGUAAAUGUAGUGGGAUGUUUUGCUUGCCAGAUUUUUUGUUCUUAGCUAUUUAAAGUUGCAUUAUUACAUUUGAUCCAAUGCUGUGAUUGCAGUCAAAUAAGCUAAUGCAACAGUGGGUGUUUACAUGCAUUAUCGAUCAUACAUACAGUAAAUCCUUUCAGCAUGUUGAUAUUUAUUUUAAUUUUCUGAUUUAAAUCAACCCAGUGAGCCUCCGUCAGCACAAUACACAAUUUAUAUAUUUUUCUGCAGGAAUUUACAACAAACCACUAAUGAUUCUGUUUGGGUUUGUCAACAAAAUGACUGCCCAAUGAAAGGGAUUAAAGUUUACCAAACAAUUGUAAUUUACAGGUGGAAUUCUUUGUAAGUCAUGGUUAAAUGUGUUGAAAAGCUUGGUGAAGGUAUGGGAGGAAAUACUGGGGGGAAACACUGCUGCAUCCUGCAAGACAACUUCAUUUCUCCGAUUGUCCUGGAGUGGUGAACUCAGUGCCUGGACCUCAGACCACUAUAAUUUUAAUGGCAGGACUUGCAUAUUGCUGUUCACUUACGGUUUUAUGAAUGUAUUAAAUGUUGUUUUGUGGGAGUAAUCUCAGGGC